UUUAUUUGAGAAGUUCUGUUUAACCAAAAAUCUUUAAAAAAACCUCUUUUUUCAAUAAUUUUACAUUAAAUCAAUAUUUAGUAGACAAUAACUUAUAUUAUGUCUCAAGAAAAAAAACAUCAGCUUAAGACAGCGGAAGAAGAAGAGGAAACAAAUGAUUAUGGUACAUCUAUUCUGUCUUAUAAUACUCAAUGGGCACAGCUUGAAAACCAAGAAAAACAACGAUUAAAAAUUUUACUGGAUAGUUUUAACGAAGAUCAAAUGAGACGGUACGAAAUCUUUCGUCGAGCAAAUAUUGAUAAGCCAAGCCUUAGAAAGAUGGUGAAUUGUAUCUUAAAUCAAAGUAUUACACCAAAUAUUUGUAUUGUUAUUUCUGGAUUUGUUAAAGUAUUUAUUGGAGAAAUUGUUGAAAAAGCACUGGAUAUUCAAAAAAAAUGGGGACAUUCAGGGCCAUUGGCACCAAAACAUUUGAGAGAAGCGUAUCGGUUGUAUAAACAAGAAACUAAACGAAUACCGCAAAACAGAGUAAAUAGGUGUUUAUUUCGAUAAUCUAUUCUAGGAAGAAUGAUAGAUAUUAGUGCUGCAGUAAAAAAAGUUGAGAAGAUAAAGAAAAAUUGAUAAAACAAUAUUCAAAUAAACAAAAUUCAAUAUAUCAGCCAAUUUCAUAGUAAAACUAGAUAAAUACUCAUUAAAUGAAGCUGUUCUAUAUA